AGUUCUUAGACCGCCCCCGGCUACGGAGGCCGGGGUGGGAGGAGACGUACUCCCGCUUCCGGGAGACGGGUAAGAUCCGAGGCCCCUUUGCCUUUCUCCCAUCCCCGGCCGUUUCUUCUCAGAGAAACCAUGAGCAAGCGGAAUCAGGUGUCGUACGUGCGUCCGCCGGAGCCCGCGUUCCUGGCCCGCUUCAAGCAGAAGGUCGGCUAUAAGGAGGGGCCCACCGUGGAAACCAAGAAAAUUCAGCCUGAAAUCCCAGAAGGAGAUGAUGACAGGAGCGACAAUGAAGAUGAGCAGCCACAAGUUGUGGUGCUGAAAAAAGGAGAUUUAUCAGCAGAAGAAGCGAUGAAAAUCAAGCAGCAGAUGAAGUCUUCCAAGCCAGAUGAAGAACCAGCUCCAGCUGAUGGAAAAAUUAUGUUCAGAAAACCAGCCAAGAGAUCCUCUGAUGAGAAGUAUUUGGGUUUGACAGCAAACUCCAGAAAGAAGAAAAAAGAUGAAGAAAAAAAAAAGGAGGCCUUGGUUCCAAAAAACAAUCAGAAACAAAUAAAAAAUAGUAACCUGCUUUCUUUUGAUGAUGCGGAGGAAGAAGAUGAAUAAUUGCACAUGUUUUGAACUUUUGUAUUCUCUCUUUCGAGGGUAUUUGGGGGGUGUUCCUUAAACAUUUUUUUUGGACUUUUUUCAUUUUUUAAAAAGUGGCAUAUGUUGGUGAUGUGGAGUAUGUUUGAACUCUGUUUGAUGUAAUUGAAAUAUUUCAGCAAACAGUCAAAAUUGCUUAAGGAGCUAGAUCACGAAUACAUGACCCAGGUAUACAUGGAACCCCCUCCUCCUUGCUUUGUAAUGUCUCUAACGUAAUUCCCAUGACCAUUUAGGUUAAAGACAAGAAGUCUAUGUAUUCAUUUAAAACUGUUGGAUACAGCUAGAGACCAGGAUCUUAUGUGAUUUACUCGAUGACCUUGAGGAAGCUGCCCUGUUUUCCCCAUCUGUAAGUGCAUGAUUCAGUUAAGUACCUUGAAUUAUCAUGAACAUCAUGCUAAUACAAAAUGCUUUUUUACUUUAGUGCCUGCAGCUUCCUCAAACAUUAAAACAUCUUUUAGCUCGCUUGAUACAAGUAUUUAAAACCUGUGCUUUGUUAAUGUUUUGAGACUCUCUGCCAUUUUUAUUAUACUCCACCUUUCCAUCUUAGGAAGUUCCACGUAAGUUUGUGAAUGACUGACUCCUUUGUAGCAUAUAUGUUUUUUAAAAAAAGAAGAUUUGAGAUUUAGGAUAAUGUGCAUUUCAACAAAAGGAAUGAGGUGGAUUCUCAACCCCAUUUAGCCAUCUAAAAGAAUCUAUUGUGUUUCAAUUAAAACACCACCAAGAAUUUAUGGUAGAUUGGCCCAGACUCUCUUGGUUUGAGAAAACAUCCUGAAUCUAGUUUCUUAUUUUGCAGCAAAAGAAGUAAAAUUAAUGGGGAAUGUAAAGCUUUGUGAAGGAGCUAAUUGGAAAUUGCCAUUUUGCAGCUGUUUGAGGUUUAACUGUUAAUGUUUUAAUGUAGCUCAUAAGAAUGUAAUAAAAGCAGAAAAUGUAAAUAAAUAAAACCGAUCCUUAGACAUGUUUAUACAUGUAACUAAGGCCAAGAUCUAGAAAGACAAAAUGGAGAUCCUGGUGUAGAUGAUUUUGCCAACCUAAGCCAGUGGUUAAUUGUUUAAAAAUGAUUUGCUUCUUUCCUUUCUGCCACAUCAGCAUUUUAGAUAGAUUCGAGCAGUGAUUCUCAAACGAUCUUGGUACCCCCUUUACAUUCUUCAAAAUUAUUGAGGCCCUCCGAAGAGCUUUUGUUUGUUUGGGUUAUACCUAUAGAUAUUUACUAUAUUUGAAAUUAAAACAUCUUAGUAUUAUUAUGAAAAUAGUUUUGACCUAAAGGAUCCCCUGAAAGGAUCUGUUGACCAUACUUUGAGAAAUGGUGAUCUGUAGUAAUUGGUUCUGGAUGGGGAUGUUCUGUUACUCCACAAUAAUCCUUUUGACUUCUUGACCAGACCUCUGCCUAAAAAGUAGCAGAGGGGGAGUUUGGGAAAUAGGUUAAAAGCUGAACAAGGUGGAAGCAAAUUCCUCAAGGCAAGAAAUAAAAAUUUAAUUAAACUUUAAUUUUCAUUCAGUGGUGCUGCUACCUAUUGCUCAAGGUUGUCAGUUAUAUCCCAGGAAUUUGGGCCAACUCAUUCCAGCCAAACUCAUGAAAAUUGCCAAAGGGCUUUUAAUUUCCAUGUAGAGUUUGCCAGUCCUUGGGGGUUUUAGAUUUAUUAGAAAGCCUUAUGCCUACAGUGCUGGAUCUCCCUUGCCCCUAGAUACUCAGGUUUACAAGGCUAUUAUUAAUAAUAAUGAAUAUUCACUGAUGGCUCACGGUCUACAUAGACUUGCCUUGUAAAUUAAACUUAGGUAAAUCUUCAUCUCCUAUCUGUCAUUUUUACCAGUCCCCCAAAUUUUUACCAGCUCCAACUUUUAAGUCAUCAGUAAUAUGUCUAAUGAUGGUGAAAUUAAAUGACCUGGGGAAAAAAAUGGUAGCCAGCAUAGUGGGUAACAUUUUUAAAAAAUUUUAAUUACAAAUUCUUGGUUGCUUAGAGUCACCUUUUAGUUCUAGUACAGUUGUUUCAGGCUGUGGGCCUGAGAUAAUUGUUAAAAACUUACAUGCAAAAGACUUUGGAGUUGAGCUGAUAAUCGGUUUCAGAGAGGUGCUUGCAAAAAUUUGUCGGCAUUGAAAAUAAUAAUGAUUUUUUUUGAAAACCCCUGUGCAAGUAGCCAUCUCCCUAGGAAACAGGAGACAGAGGUAAGCGGAAAGGUUUCAGGUUCAAAUUGGUUUGAAAAAAUCUAGAGGAGCCUGCUUUCAGCUUUGCUUCCCAACUCUUGGUGUGAGCUGAGGUGGGGAAGUGUUCAUCAGUUUCCCACUCUCCAGCUGGAAUUGUGGGAAGGGAUAUUGAUUGGUGCAUGUUUAACAGGUUUAGUCUACAGUAGCUAGCCAGUGAGGAGAACCCGAGUUCAAAUGUCGCUUCAGAUGCUUUCAUCCUGUCUACCCCUAGGUAAGGGUCAUCACUCUUGUAUCUAAUUUCCUUAUCUGUAAAAUCAGGGGGUUGCACUUGAUGGCCGCUUCCACCUCUAAAUUUAUGGUCCUAUGGCGUCCAUCCUCCUUAUGAGUUAGAUUGAGAACUGUUACAUCCUCAGUGGGCACUCGAUGAUCUGGAAUUAGAUCAGUGUUUUCAAAAUGAUGAUCUUAACCAAGUGACUCUCAGUUUCUGUGGCAUUUUAUUGACUUUCUAACUUUGGAACAUUUUCCUUUAUGAAGAAAGGAAAAAAAGGCAUGGGCAACUUGGCAUUCAGUGAAGGCCCUCCAAGACUCUUGCAUUCUUAAGAAAAUAGCAUUCAGAGGCCUCCAAAAUGCCAAUGCCUUUCCGAAGGAAACUUCCUUGGAAACUAUUCAAAAUAAGGUAGAAAACUUCCAAUUAUGUUUUGUGAAGUUCUCCAUGAAAUGGGGGGAGGGAAGCUGAUCUCUUGAGGUUCUGUGCAGUCCAAAUGUUUGAUUUGCAAAUACUGGUUGUUACUCAUACCUCCUAACUGGGACAAAGUUGUUGGACAUGUCUUUAAGGUAGAACAACAGAAAUGUAUUAAUCAGUGCUGUUUGUUGUUGUUUAGUUGUUUUCAGUCAUUUCUGACUCUCUGUGACCGCUUUUGGGUUUUCUUGGCAAAGAUAC